AUGUCAAGAGUCACCUUCUGGAGCAGCUACCGCGCUCUGAGCAACUACCUGGGCCUGGCGCGGUUGCAGUUAAGGCCCAGCCACUGCGCACCUACGGGCUUCAGCCUGCUGGGGAAGCUGCUGGGUGUUGCACCGAGACACACGGCCCAGUUUCUUCAGGGUGUUUGGGCGCUACUCUGGUCGGGGUUGGAGACAGCCUUUGGACAAUGUGUUGCUCGCAAGCUAGAAUUUGGUGUUCAUUUAGCAGAACUGACUGUAGAUCCCCAGGGAGCUCUGGCCAUCCGUCAGCUAGCGUCUGUCAUUUUGAAACAGUAUGUGGAAACUCAUUGGUGUUCUCAGUCGGAAAAGUUUAGACCUCCAGAGACGACAGAAAGGGCAAAAAUUGCUAUUAGGGAACUUCUACCCAAUGGGCUGAGAGAAUCCAUUAGCAAAGUGCGCUCGAGCGUUGCCUAUGCAGUUUCAGCAAUAGCCCAUUGGGACUGGCCUGAAGCCUGGCCUGAACUCUUCAAUCUCUUGAUGGAGAUGCUGGUUAGCGGGGAUGUGAAUGCAGUGCAUGGAGCCAUGAGAGUGCUUACAGAGUUUACUCGGGAAGUGACAGACACACAGAUGCCACUUGUUGCUCCUGUUAUUCUUCCAGAGAUGUACAAAAUUUUUACAAUGGCAGAGGUGUAUGGUAUACGCACAAGGUCACGUGCAGUGGAGAUAUUUACCACCUGUGCCCAUAUGAUCUGUAACAUGGAGGAAUUGGAAAAGGGUGCAGCCAAAGUCCUGAUUUUUCCUGUGGUGCAGCAGUUCACAGAGGCCUUUGUUCAGGCACUACAAAUGCCUGAUGGGCCUACGUCAGACAGUGGAUUUAAGAUGGAGGUCCUAAAGGCUGUGACAGCACUAGUGAAAAACUAUCCGAAGCACAUGGUUUCAUCAAUGCAGCAGAUCCUGCCCAUUGUUUGGAAUACCCUUACAGAAAGUGCAGCCUUUUAUGUGAGAACAGAAGUAAAUUAUACAGAAGAGGUGGAGGACCCUGUGGAUUCUGAUGGUGAAGUACUGGGCUUUGAAAAUCUAGUGUUCAGCAUAUUUGAAUUUGUUCAUGCCUUGUUGGAAAACAACAAAUUUAAGAGCACAGUGAAGAAAGCCUUGCCAGAGCUGAUCUAUUACAUCCUUCUUUACAUGCAGAUCACAGAGGAACAGAUAAAAGUUUGGACUGCAAAUCCACAACAGUUUGUGGAGGAUGAAGAUGAUGAUACUUUUUCCUAUACAGUGAGGAUUGCUGCACAGGAUCUGUUGCUGGCUGUGGCUGCUGACUUCCAAAAUGAGAGUGCAACUGCUUUGGCUGCGGCAGCUACAAGACAUUUACAAGAAGCUGAGCAGGCUAAAAACAGUGGUGCUGAGCACUGGUGGAAAAUACAUGAAGCUUGUAUGCUGGCCCUGGGCUCUGUGAAAUCUAUUAUUACAGACAGUGUGAAGAAUGGGAGAAUACAUUUUGAUAUGCAUGGCUUCCUGACAAAUGUUGUUCUCGCAGACCUAAACCUUUCAGUGUCGCCUUUUCUCCUGGGUCGUGCUCUUUGGGCUGCCAGUCGUUUUACCGUAGCUAUGUCUCCAGAACUAAUCCAGCAGUUCCUGCAAGCUACUGUCAGUGGCCUACACGAGACCCAGCCUCCUUCUGUCCGAAUCUCUGCAGUCAGAGCUAUAUGGGGCUACUGUGACCAGUUGAAGAUCUCUGAGAGCACCCAUGUGUUGCAGCCUUUCCUUCCUAGCAUUCUUGAUGGGCUCAUCCACUUGGCAACUCAGUUCAGUUCAGAGGUCCUAAACCUUGUGAUGGAGACGCUCUGCAUUGUCUGUACAGUUGACCCAGCUUUUACUGCAAGUGUGGAGAACAAAAUCUGCCCCUUCACAAUUGCAAUCUUUCUGAAGUACAGUAAUGAUCCAGUUGUUGCUUCUCUUGCCCAAGAUAUCUUUAAGGAGCUAGCUCAGAUAGAAGCCUGCCAGGGUCCAAUGCAGAUGAGGCUAAUACCAACUCUCGUCAGCAUCAUGCAGGCCCCUGCUGACAAGAUUCCUGCAGGCCUUUGUGCAACUUCUAUUGAUAUAUUGACCACAGUUGUGAGGAACACAAAACCUCCUCUGUCUCAGCUCUUGAUCUGCCAGGCAUUCCCCGCAGUGGCUCAGUGCAGCUUGAACACAGAUGACAAUGCUACCAUGCAGAAUGGUGGCGAGUGUCUGCGUGCAUACGUCUCGGUGGCGCUGGAGCAAAUCGCACAAUGGCAUGAUGAGCAAGGCCACAACGGGUUGUGGUAUGUGAUGCAGGUGGUGAGCCAGCUGCUAGAUCCAAGGACCUCAGAAUUCACUGCUGCCUUUGUAGGCAGGCUAGUCUCCACAUUAAUUUCCAAAGCCGGAAGUGAGCUGGGAGAGAAUCUGGACCAGAUCCUGAGAGCUAUCUUGAGCAAAAUGCAACAAGCGGAGACACUCAGCGUAAUGCAGUCCUUGAUUAUGGUAUUUGCUCACUUGGUUCACUCACAGCUGGAACCACUUUUAGAGUUUCUGUGUAGUCUCCCUGGACCAACCGGCAAGCCUGCCUUGGAGUUUGUAAUGGCUGAAUGGAUGAGCCGGCAGCACUUGUUCUAUGGGCAAUAUGAAGGCAAAGUCAGCUCUGUAGCAUUGUGUAAACUCCUUCAGUACGGCAUCAACACAGAAGACAAGCGACUUCAGGACAUUAGGGUAAAGGGGGAAGAAAUAUUUAAUAUGGAUGAGGGAAUACGGACACGAUCAAAGUCAGCCAAAAAUCCUGAGCGCUGGACAAACAUUCCUUUGUUAGUAAAAAUCUUAAAAUUAAUAAUAAAUGAACUCUCUAAUGCAAUGGAAGCAAAUGCAUCUAGACAGACAACUGCAGACUGGAGUCAAGAUGAUUCGAAUGAUAUGUGGGAGGAUCAAGAAGAAGAUGAGGAUGAAGAUGAAAGCUUAGCAGGACAGUUCUUAUCAGAUAUUCUUUCCACAAACAAGUAUGAUGAAGAUGAAAGCUUAGCAGGACAGUUCUUAUCAGAUAUUCUUUCCACAAACAAGUAUGAUGAAGAUUACUAUGAAGAUGAUGAAGAGGACGAUCCAGAUGCAUUAAAGGACCCUCUUUACCAAAUAGAUCUCCAGGCCUAUCUCACUGACUUCCUGUGUCAGUUUGCACAGCAGCCGUGCUAUGCAAUGUUUUCAGACCAUCUCAAUGAGAAUGAAAAGCGAGUGUUACAGGCCAUUGGUAUAUAAACCCAAUCAAGAGACCAUACUGAUCAUAUCUGAACAAUAUUUUUCUGGCUUAUUCCACGUUUUAUGAUUAAACAUGAAACAUUUUCCAGUGUCCACCUGCUUGUUACAGGUGGAUGAUGGGCCUCAUUGCGAAGUAUUGAGCCUCAUCUUAUCAUGAAUCUGCUAAGGGAAGGAAUACUAAGCAAGCAGCAAAGACGGAAGUCUGUAGAGCUUUGCACAUUAAUCUCACCAAGGGAGCACUUUCAUUUUCCACAGUAAUGUUCCAGGAAGUUCUUAAAAGAAUGUGUCCUUAAAUAUUUUUAAAAGCAAACUGUCUCUGCCUGUCAAGAGGCACUUAAACUGAAUUUCACACAGCACAGAUGGACAGAGAAAGGAAUCAGGUCACUUACAAAUUGCUUGGAUGUGUCUUGAAAUUGGAAGGUUGUUCCUCUUUGUGCUCACAUAACACAUACAGGGUAAAUAUCUGGAUCUUACAGUGUGACUUCUUUUUAUAGAACUAUAGACUCUUUUAUCAGAGAUGCCUGAAUGGUAUGGAACCUGUUUACAGGAGUUUGGAUGGGAAGCUGAGACAAUAAAAAUAACUGCAUAUCUUCUUUCCUAGUGUGGAUGGAGCUUUGUUGCUCACAUCUACUCUCUAGUCCCAUGGGAGCAGUUCUUUACUAAUGCUUUUGUGUGCACAUGCUUAAAGGAAGCUACCACUUAAUUUCUGUUCCUGUGGCAUGUGGCUACUAAAGACUUUGGUUUUAUGGAACACAAGGAGCCACAAUUUUUAGGGGGAAAAUCUGAUUAUAUUUAAUGCAUUUGCUCCAUAACAGCCACUCUGAUCUACUUUGCUUCCUUCACACUCCUGUGUGUAUUUUUAUAGAGUGGUAAAAUAACAUUUACAAAUUGAUUUACCCAUAAGAACAGCGUGAUGUAUCUCACAACACCUCUCUGCCUUUGGUUCCCCCUUGGGGAAAAUUAAAAUAAAACUAUUAAAAUA